CUAGUUGGUAAGAGAAAAACAUUCUUGGUCUCUUGGACCAAAUUCUUUUCUUUUAUAAAUGCUGUUCAGUUAAAACUGAAAAUAUUAGAACUUAGGUAGAACUAAGAAAGGUUAGAGAUGUAUCACCUUGGCUCCAAAUUGCUGCUCUCUCUUCUGGGUUUCACUGUGAAUUGCAGCCUGUUCUCAGAAGCAACAGUUGCCCCCUCUUCAGGGCCCCGAGUCAAAGCCAGCUACACUUUUGGUCGGACUUUUUUGGGACUUGAUAAGUGCAAUGCCUGCAUUGGAACAUCAAUUUGCAAGAAAUUCUUUAAAGAAGAAAUAAGGUUUGACAGUUGGCUCUCUUCACAUUUAACCCUCCCUCCAAGCUCCCUCUCCCAUUACCCCGGGAACUAUUCAGAUGACAGCAAAAGUUGGCGGCCAGUUGAGAUCUCCCGAUUAACCACAAAAUACCAACAUGACCAGUCCGACGAGAGAAUUUGCACUUCCCUUACUCAGACUAAAAGCUGUAGCAUUGAGCGAGCUCUAUGGAACACGGAGAGAUUCCAGAAAUGGCUGAAAGCAAAGCGCCUGACCCCUCUCUUGGUCCAGGGCCUCCGUACACCAAUGCUUCACUGUCCAUCACAAAGACUGUUGGACCGAAUAGUGCGGCGAUAUGCUGAAGUGCCAGAUGCUGGUAGUGUCUAUAUGGACCAUUUCACAGACCGGGAUAAACUGCGUCUCCUCUACAUGCUGUCUGUUAAUACACAUCCCAUUAUGUUACAGGUAUAACGGCAUCUGCCUUCAUAUAAUGUAAAUCAUCCUUCUGAGUCCCAUUUCAGCUCACUUUGAAGGUUGAGAAAAAUUAUGAAUAGCUUGGAUAACCCUCAUGCUGGAUCCACAGAAUUUAUAUAGGGCAUGAGAUUCUAGGCUUCUUGUAGCACUUAAGUUUAAAGUGGCCACUCAUUUGCAUGAUUAUUUUGUCCUUGCAAAGUUCAGACUUCCUCAAGUCUGAGUUCUUAGGUAUCAGAUUUACAAUUUUAAACAUACAGCCAGUAUGGCCAAUGAGUGGAGGCAAUCAGAGUUGUAGUUCAGCAAUUUUUGGGCCCCAAACUGGGGACACCUGUGUUAAAUCAUGCCCAUGCACUGAGAGUUAAAUUGACACAAACACUGUUUUUAACAUAAAUGGCUGGAUCUGCACUUAAAUCUGUUUUAGCUAAUGUACAAAUCAUAUUCUAAAGGGUUGGGGCCAACCAUAUAUGGUUACAUGGCUCUUGCCUGGAAAUGGAUGUUGCUAAAUUAUUUCCAUGUAUUAAAAAAUGUAUUUACUCUCAUCUAUGAAAAGCAGCAGAAGCAUUUUUAUUCAAGACAUCCACUGAGGAGCAGCUGCUUCAGUCACCAGCCAGCUGCUUGA